UUUAUGAAAUCCUCCAUGUGGAGCACAUACUAUUAGGCAUUUUAUUGUAUGUAAAUUCUACCUCCUUUGAGGCAAUUUUUAAAAUAUCAGGUGAAUCUUCCAAGCAGUGCGCAGCAGAAAGGAGCCUGAAGCAUGGCUCCCUAGAAGAGAAGCAAGAGAGGCCCGUGGGCUCCCACAUUCAUCCUGUGCCUGCUGCUCCCUCUCCUGACACCCCCACUGCCUGCCAAGGGUCCCCGUGUACCUUUCACCCGGCCCCACCCACAGUUACCAUGAGACUCCAGGUCGUUCCCUUCCCUGCUCACACCCCCUCCAGGAGCUUCCUUUUCCUGGAGCAGACAUGCCCAACCCCACCUCAGGGCCUUUGCACUGGCUGUUCCACGCUGCCUGGGGCUUCUCAACCUCUCCAGUCUCGUAGAGACCUCCCUGACCAGGGUCCAGUGGUCUCUCUCUAGCCCCUGUUCUAUUUCACUUCCAACAAAGUGAGUAUAACUCCCUGAUCCUAAUUGUUGAUCAUAACCUACCAUCCCCUACACACACUGUGUAAGGAAUGGACUGUGCAGUUCCAUAGCCACCAGCCACAUGUGCCACUGGACACUUGAAACGGGGCCAGUCCAAAGUGACUCCUGGGCUAAGUGUAAAAAAUACACAAGGAAUUUCAAAGAUUUACAAAAACAAAACAAAACUAAAAAAAAGCACGUAAACUAUCUCAUUAAUAAUUGUUCCCAUUAGCUGAAAUAAUCUUGUGGCUAUAUUAGGUUAAGUAAAUAUUUUAAACAUUACUUUCACCCAUUUAUUCUUAUCUUUUAAAAUGCAUCUACGAGAAAUUUUCAGUUGCUCCUGGGUUCAUGUCACAUCUCUAUUGGGCAGCAGCUCUGCAGCGUCACCUCUACGGCUCAUCAUCCAGGUUCCAUCUUCAACUCCUAGACCUCCUGGCACAGGGAGUAACUGGUGACAGCUCCAGCUCUGUGCUCUGCCUCUGAGGAGCCCAUGGCCCAGCCCCUGUGCACCCUGCUGCUCCUGCUGGCCGCCCUGGCUGGGGCCCAGGCCUGGAGCCCCAAGGAGGAGGAUAGGAUGAUUUCAGGUGGCAUCUAUGACGCAGACCUCAAUGAUGAUGAAGUACAGCAUGCCCUUCACUUCGCCAUCAGCGAGUACAACAAGGCCACCGAAGAUGAGUACUACAGACGCCCAAUGCGGGUGCUGCGAGCCAGAAAGCAGGUCGUGGCCGGAACGAAUUACUUCCUUGAUGUAGAGUUGGGCCGAACCACAUGUACCAAGUCCCAGCCCAACGUGGACACCUGUGCCUUCCAUGAACAGCCAGAACUGCAGAAGAAACAGUUGUGCUCUUUCCAGAUCUAUGAAGUUCCCUGGGAGGACAGAAUGUCCCUGGUGAAUUCCAGGUGUCAAGAAGCCUAGGGAUCUGUGCCAGACCAGUCACACCAACCACCGCCUACUCCCACCCCCUGUAGUGCUUCCACCCCUGGACUGGUGGCCUCCACCCUGGGGGAUGUCUCCCCAUGCGCCUGCGCCAGGCGACAGACAGAGAAGAGAGCAGGAGGCCUUUGUUGCUCAGCAGGGGGCCCCGCCCUCCCUCCUUCCUUCUUGCUUCUGGUAGCCCUGGUACAUGGUACACACAACCCCACCUCCUGCAAUAAAACAGUAGCAUCGGCUCCCUCUGA